AGUUAAGCCAACUUUCAUCAAUGAACAUUUCGGAUGAUAAAAUUUCCAUGGAUUCAAAGAGACCAAGGAGAAAGGUUGCAGCCGCAUGUCAACGCUGUCGAAAACAGAAAUUGAAGUGUGAUACUCAGCGUCCCUGUACUCUGUGCCUCCGAGCCGGAGUGGACUGCAUCAAUGAGACGCCUAGCAUCUGGAGGGUCCAGGGCCCCAGUAUCACCCCGUCACGGACCCGGAAGGGAGAUAGGGUGCCGGGCACAAGCAGAUCUCGUUUAGCGAAACGAGACCGUCGAGCAGCCGGAACGGAUAAAGUUACCGAGCAAAGUCCCUCUCCCGGUAUGCUUGUGACCAUAGAUCCUGCAACAUGUCCAUCGGAACUUCAGUCGGUUCGCGAUGAAUCUAGUCCCGCACCUCGGGCUCUGUCGGAACAGGUCACGUCUAGUAGACCUUGGUCGACAAACUCGGCUGCAGUAAGCUUCCUGGACGAGGCAUUCCAACACCACGACAUCAAUACGCCGGAAGAAGCAGACACUUCAGCAUUCGCGGCUACUGGAUGGACCUCAAGAGGAACGCACGAAGCCAUCAGAGAAGCUGGUGCUUCCAUCGCGUCAUUGCCUCGGCCCCUUUCGCAGCAGCGGAUCCGAUCCAUCUCACGGCAACAUGGUGCCAUGAGUGCAGCCCAGCGAGACUUUCUUUCCGUUCUGCCGCCAACUGCGCCUAUGGCGUUGCUCGUCAACAUUUACUUCGAGAAGAUCCAUUGGUUUAUGAUGAUAUUCUUUACAAGCGAGUUUCGAGCUCGAGUUCAAGAACUUCAUACAACUACAUCACAGGAAGCUCUGCCGAGAAAGGCUAAUCCGGGCCUUCUUGGCCUUGUGCUUGCUGUUUGCUUGACCAGUCUCCGCUACGCGAGCCCCGAACAGAACGUUCAACUCGCUGAACUUGGUGUAGACCCAGAGUCAUUGCAAGAAACCAUAUCGGGAACGUUGAAGGUGAGAUUCCUCGACAUCGUCUCCUUGGGAUCCAUUGAGGCUGUGCAAAUGUGCAUCCUGUUGGGAAGUUUCUACCUGUACCACGGGGAACCCGAGCUCGCCUGGCCAAUUUGCGGAAGCGGGCUGCGUAUCGCCCAAGCUCUCAAACUUCAUCAACGAUACAAAGAUGAGGAACAGUCUUUCACGGUGCCCGAUGUUGACAACCCAAUCCACAGGGCAGCCGAGACACGCAAACGUUGCUGGUGGGCCAUCUACGAGAUUGAGACCUUUUGCUCGAUGCUGUAUGGUUUUCCCCUAAGCAUAGUGGACGAGGAUUGCAACGUCGAUGUACCCGAACAAUAUCCUUUGCGGUCCAAAGAUGCGUCUUGGGAGUCUGUCAGGUGGAAAUCCACUGGAAAAGCUACCGUGCUCUCGUACAAGGUAUCGAUGGCGCAGCUGUCGGUCAUUGUGAAAAGAGCACUUUCGGAGCUCUACGGAAACCGGAAGCAGACCAACAGCAAUGAACUUGGUGCAAGAACUGAAGGACCACUAGUUCAACGUCUCAUAAAUACCGUCACCAGACUGGACCAACAGAUCCGUCAAUGGCACGAGCAUCUUCCGCAAGAGUUGCGUUUGAAAGGAGGUGACCAGCUUCAGCAGGAUGCAAGACCGGCGAACUGGGCAGGGGGCAGCAAUCAUUCUCUGAGCCCAGAACACCAUCAGCACACUUUCCGCAUCCAGGCACUAGCACUCAAACUCGCGUACGAAAACGCCAGAAUUUUAGUUCACAGGCCCUUGCUAGCCUACAGAGCGAUGAAGAAGAUCAACACGGCCGAGGGCUCAGAUUUCCGCUCCAUCGAAGAGAAUGAUCCUCUCCAGAGCUCGGUGCGAAGUUGCCGAGACGCUGGCUUGCAGAUUGCGAAUAUCGGGUGCACGCCGCACUUCAAAGAGGUGAUUGACACCUACGCCUUAUCGUUUGUCGCGCUGCAUUUCUUUACUGCCGGUGUUACGCUCUCCAUCAUGACUGGACUGGACCCACUGAGCCGGGAAGCCUAUGAUUCCAAGAUGGGUCUUCGAAAGUUGAUUGAGAUGCAUUCUCAACUCAAAUCGAAGUCUGUUGUUGCUGAACAGGGGCUGAACAUUCUCACGAAACUCAUGAAGCUUGUCAUGACCAAGGAGAUGGAGAGAAUGCUUCACUUGGAUGUUCCCCCGCAAACGGAAUCCGACCAAAAUGGAAGAAACAAUGAAACGAGUGGUAGCUCGAAUGCCAUUGAAGUCACUGCCCGAGUCACCAACAUAACCACCAUAGCUCCAAGCAGCAACAUCGAUCAGAACGCAUUACAGCAAUGCACACUAGCGGCUGACGCGGUUGACGAUGCCACGGCUAGCUUAAGCUUCAGCGAAGACCCAGUUAUAACGCAAGCGCUUUCGGAGUUCGAGCAGAUUAUGAUGUACGAUAUCAGUGGUGUCGGAGAGGAAGACCCGGUGGAGUUCAGCGAGUACCUCACUGAGAGUUGUUUCGGGAGACAGGAUCAAGGAUGGAUAUGGAACCAAGGCCACUCGUUUGCGAGCUAGUCACGGACGCUGAACUAUGCCACUGCCGCUUAAGCACGUCAGUUCACAGCCGAAAAUGGAGUUGUCUGUCUCGCUCAAACUGUGGCCAGAUCCAGCGACAUAGCCUUCAAAGCACUGAAGCCAUCGGGCAGCCACACGCCAUAUCAGCCCGCGCACCGCAGAGGACGCUCGGCCCACAGGUUUGAUGUGGAGCUCAAUGAAUCGGAUCGAAAUCUCACAUACGCUAGAGGCUUCUUGUUUAUCCAGAAGUUUAUGAAUUCUACCGGUAUUAUGGUUUGCCAGGUUGGUUUCCUCGAGGAUCGUGG